AUGUUGAUGGGCCGCGGCGGGCGGCGGUCCGUCGGGUGCAUGGGCUGCGGCGGGAAGGAGUGGGCGGAGACGACAGGGUGGCGGGCGUAUUGCUGGGCGUGCGGGUCAUGGGAGAGGUGGUGCACCUGUAUUGUUGAUAGUGUAGGUUUCCCUUUCUUGUCUCUGGUGCGGCUGAAAUGCAGCCGGAGCGAUUCUUUCUUUCACUGUUUCAUAGCCUUUUUCAUCUAG